AUGGAGGAGACUGAGCUCUGCUUUCCACAACUCUUUAACACUUCAUGCAGCAGACCAAAACGUACUUACUUUGAAACUAUGAUAACCUACAUUCUGCUGUUUUGCACCUCUCUGCUCACCUCAUCUCUAAAUCUGCUGGUCAUCAUCUCUAUCUCACACUUCAGGAAGCUCCACUCUCCCACCAACCUGCUCCUUCUUUCUCUGGCUGUCUCCGAUUUCUUUAUUGGUCUCCUCAUGUUCUUUCAUAUUGUUCAGAUAAAUGGCUGCUGGCUUCUAGGUGACAGUUUCUGUGUCAUAUAUCACUAUCUGGCUUAUAUUUUUGCCAAUGCCUCAAUAGGAACCAUGGUGAUGAUAUCUAUUGACCGUUAUGUAGCUAUAUGUUACCCCCUUCAUUACAACACUAAAAUAACACAGAAAAAAGUGCAAAUCUGUGUUUCCUUGUGUUGGACCUGGUCUAUGGUGCUUCCAGGCCUUAAUCUGACGGAGAAUUUCAAACAACCUGGCAUGUAUAACUCCUGCUUAGGUGAAUGUGUCAUUGUGUUUAAUUACAUUGGUGGUUUGGUAGAUCUUAUUCUGUCCUUGAUAGUCCCCAUCAGUAUAAUGGUGGUUUUGUAUCUGAGAAUAUUUGUGGUGGCAGUUUCUCAGAUUCGAGCUAUACACUCUCACACUGCAGGAUUAACCCUCCAUGGUUCUGUAAAUAGUAAGAAAUCUGAGAUUAAAGUAGCCGGGUCCCUCGGAGUUGUAGUCAUUGUGUUCUUGAUAUGUCUGUUACCAUAUUUCUGUGUCACACUUACAGGUCAAGACACUUUACUUAAUGCCUCAUCCUCUGCUUUUGUGAUAUUUUUUUUAUUUGACUUUAACUCCUGCCUAAACCCUAUUAUUUAUGCCCUUUUCUACUCCUGGUUUAGAAAAUCAAUUAAACUCAUUAUAACACUUCGGAUUUUGCAAAGUCAUUCCCGUGACAUGGACAUACUAUAAAAACCCUGCAUUAAAGUGUUCUCACUGAGAAAAAUUAGACCUUCAUUUAGUCACAUGUAAACAGAAAAGCAUAACUAAAAGAAAGGCGAGUAUCUCACCUCUUAUAAAAACUGUAUUCUUUGCUGAAGAGGCAUCAGACACUUUUGGUUUUUCCCAUCGGUCCAAUAUUCUUGAUGUUUCAAACACACACCAUGAUGUGAGAAGAAAAAAGGGGUGAUUUAUGAUAUAGCAUAGACUAUAACUCAUAAUUUUU